CAGAGCGGGACGGGAGCGGACCAUGGAGCGGACGACGAGCAAGGAGCUCGCCCUGGCGCCGCUGCAGGACUGGGGCGAGGAGACAGAGGACGGCGCGGUGUACAGUGUCUCCCUGCGGCGGCAGCGCAGUCAGCGCUUGAGUCCGGGAGCAGGGCCUCGGGGCACCCAGGCCCCCAGCCCCGGUGCCGACACCUUCCUCCAUUACCGCACCAGCAAGGUGCGGGCGCUGAGGGCAGCGCGGCUGGAGCGGCUGGUGCGGGAGUUGGUGUCUGGAGACCGCGAGCAGGACCCAGGCUUCGUGCCUGCCUUCCUGGCCACCCACCGGGCCUUUGUGCCCACUGCCCGCGUGCUGGGCCUUCUCCUGCCACCGCCGCCGCCGCCCCUGCCGCCGGGGGUAGAGAUCAAGAAGACAGAGGGAAGAGAUCUGACCUUCAACAACAACCUGAGGGCUGUGGUGUCAGUGCUGGGCUCCUGGCUGCGGGACUACCCUCAGGAUUUCUGGGACCCCCCUGCCCACUCGGACCUAGGCAGUGUUUGCACCUUUCUGGGCUGGGCAGCCCCAUCAGGGGCUGAGGCCCGGGAGGCAGAAAAGCUGCUGGGAGAUUUCCUGAAGGAUGCUGAGCCACAGCAGGAAGAAGAGGAGCGGUCCCAGACAUGGGCAGGACAUCCAGGGGUUGCCCAGAUACCCCGUCCAGACUCCCCGGUAGGCUGCUUGGAAGAGGUGGAAGGACUCGUGAGGGAAGGUCCUGAGCUCCUGGACUUCAGUGUAGACGACGUGGCCGAGCAGCUGACCCUGAUGGAUGCGGAGCUCUUCUCGCGCGUGCGGCCCUUCGAGUGCCUGGGCUCCGUGUGGUCGCAGCGGGACCGGCCGGGGGCUACAGGCACCGCCUCCACUGUGCGCGCCACUGUGACCCAGUUCAACACGGUGACCGGCUGCGUCCUGGGCUCGGUGCUCGGGUCGCCGGGCCUGGCCGCCCCGCAGAGGGCGCAGCGGCUGGAGAAGUGGAUCCGCAUCGCGCAGCGCUGCCGGGAACUGCGGAACUUCUCCUCCCUGCGCGCCAUCCUGUCAGCCCUGCAGUCUAACCCCAUCUACCGGCUCAAGCGCAGCUGGGGUGCCGUGAGCCGGGAACCGUUAUCCACUUUCAGGAAACUUUCGCAGAUUUUUUCCGAUGAGAAUAAUCACCUCAGCAGCAGAGAGAUUCUCUCCCAGGAGGAGGCUACUGAGGAGAAUGCCCCCCCAGGAAGCCUGCCCCCAAAACUGCCCCCAGGCCCCAUCCCCUACCUUGGCACCUUUCUCACGGACCUGGUUAUGCUGGAUACAGCCCUGCCGGACAUGCUGGAGGGGAAUCUCAUCAACUUUGAGAAGAGGAGGAAGGAGUGGGAGAUCCUGGCCCACAUCCAGCAGCUGCAGAGGCGCUGUCGGAGCUACUGCCUGAGCUCCCACCUACCCAUCCUGGCUGCCCUGCGCACCCAGCGCCAGCUCAGCGAGGAGCAGAGCUACCGCAUCUCCCGGGUCAUUGAGCCACCGGCUGCCUCCUGCCCCAGCUCCCCACGCGUCCGGCGGCGAAUCAGCCUCACCAAGCGCCUCAGUGCGAAGCUGUCCCGAGAGAGAGGCUCAUCCCCUGGUGGGAGUCCCAGGGAUCCUUCUUCCUCCACCUCCAGUCUGUCCCCAGCGUCCCCCCCAUCCAGUCCUAGAACCAGGGACCCUCCUCCCGGCAGUCCUCCGGCCUCUCCAGGGCCCCAGGGCCCCAGCACCAAGCUGCCACUGAGCCCAGACCUACCAGGCCCCCGGACCCUGGCCUUGCCCUUGAGUGGCCCUCACAUCUCCCUCCCGGGGCAGCAGGGCUCAGAGGCCUGCGUCGUCCGAGUCAGCAUUGACAAUGACCAUGGAAAUCUGUAUCGGAGCAUCCUGCUCACUAGUCAGGACAAGGCCCCCAGCGUGGUGCAGCGAGCCUUGGAAAAGCACAAUGUGGCUCAGCCCUGGGCCCAGGACUAUCAGCUCUUCCAAGCCCUUCCUGGGGACAGGGAGCUCCUGAUUCCUGACAAUGCCAAUGUCUUCUACGCAAUGAACCCAGCCGCCCCUGGAGACUUCGUGCUGCGGCGGAAGGAGAGGGCCCGGCACACAACAUCAGUCUCCCCAACCUGAGGUGGUCCUCCCCCUCCUCCAGGACAUGGGCCCCAUGGGCAGCAAGGGGCCUGGCUUCUCUCACCAGGGGGCAGGGAGGGAGCUCU